CUACCUCUGUGGUUCAAGAGCAUGUUCUGACAGAACUCCGCGGACAGGAAUCCUUUCGGUCAGGUGGCGACAGAUAAGGUAGCAGGCAAGCUGAGUUCUACUCUCUCAUGGGUAAAGAACUCGGUGUCGCUCACAGUCAGUCAGAUGGCUAGCCAGGUGGCCACGCCCUCUUCGCUAAACACCACGGCCGCCUCCUCGUCCACGUCCCUCUCCUCGGCCGGCCUGUCGCCCUCUUCGCCAGCCCAGCUCAGUCCGGACGAAGUGGAACUGCUGGCCAAACUGGAGGAACAAAACAGGCUGCUGGAGACAGACAGUAAGUCCCUGCGGUCAGUGAAUGGCUCUCGACGGAACAGUGGCUCCUCACUGGUGUCCAGUUCUUCAGCGUCCUCCAACCUGUCCCACCUGGAGGAGGACUCGUGGAUCUUAUGGGGGCGCAUCGUAAACGAGUGGGAGGAGGUGCGCAAGAAGAAGGAGAAACAGCUGAAGGAGCUGGUAAGGAAAGGGAUUCCACAUCAUUUCCGAGCCAUAGUAUGGCAGCUGCUCUGCAACGCUCAGAACAUGCCUAUAAAGGACCAGUAUUCCGAGCUCCUGAAGAUGACCUCGCCCUGCGAGAAACUCAUCCGCAGGGACAUCGCCCGCACCUACCCGGAACACGAGUUCUUCAAAGAGAAAGACAGCCUGGGACAGGAGGUGCUCUUUAACGUCAUGAAGGCCUACUCUCUAGUGGACCGCGAAGUUGGUUACUGUCAAGGAAGUGCUUUCAUCGUAGGCCUUCUUCUCAUGCAGAUGCCAGAGGAGGAGGCGUUCUGUGUGUUUGUGAAGCUCAUGCAGGAUUACAGACUGAGAGAGCUGUUUAAACCCAGCAUGGCUGAAUUGGGUCUCUGUAUGUACCAGUUUGAAUGUAUGAUCCAGGAGCAGCUUCCAGAGCUCCAUGUGCAUUUCCAGGCUCAGAGUUUUCACACCUCCAUGUAUGCCUCCUCCUGGUUCCUCACCAUCUUCCUCACCUCCUUCCCUUUGCCUGUUGCCACCAGGAUCUUUGACAUCUUCAUGUGUGAGGGUUUGGAGAUUGUGUUUCGUGUUGGCAUGGCUAUCCUCCAGAUGAACCAAGCAGAACUAAUCCAACUGGACAUGGAGGGAAUGUUACAGCACUUUCAGAAGGUCAUCCCACAUCAGCUGGACAGCGGACCAGACAAAGUCAUCCAGGCUGCCUAUCAAGUCAAAUACAACGCCAAGAAGAUGAAGAAGUUGGAAAAGGAAUACACUACAAUCAAAACCAAGGAGAUGGAGGAACAGGUCGAGAUCAAGAGGCUCCGCACAGAAAACCGACUCCUGAAACAAAGGAUCGACACGCUGGAAAAAGAAAGUGCUUCCUUGGCAGAUAGAUUGAUCCAGGGACAGGUUACACGUGCCCAGGAGGCCGAGGAGAACUACCUAGUCAAACGGGAGCUGGCUACAGUCAAACAGCAGAACGAGGAGGCCAGCGUCCAGCUGGAACAAGCCCAAAGCACCAUCAGACAACUCCAACAGCAACAGUCACAAGCGAAGAGUAAUCCACGGUACACGGAGGAGUUUAUCCUUCAGUUGGAGAGAGAACUCGUACAGGCUAGACUCAAAGAGGCUGAAUCUCAAUGUGCACUUAAAGAGAUGCAAGACAAGAUCCUGGACAUGGAGAAGAGGAACACAUCACUGCCGGAUGAGAACAACGUGGUGCGGCUGCAGGAGGAGCUGAUUGGUGUGAAGCUGAGGGAGGCAGAGGCUCUUACAGGCCUUAAAGAACUCAGACAACAGGUCCGAGACUUGGAAGAACACUGGCAGAGGCACUUGGCGCGUACGGCGGGGCGUUGGAAGGACAGCCCGCGGAAAAACACGGUGAGCGAACUUCAGGACGAGCUGAUGAGCGUUCGUCUGCGGGAGGCUGAAGCACAGGCAGAGCUCAGAGAGACCAGACAGAGGAUGCUGGAGCUGGAGACACAGAAUCAGAUUCACAGCAAUCAGCUGCGACGCUCAGAGCAGGAGGCCAAGAGACUGCAGGAGUGUCUGCAAGUGCUGACCAAUCAAAACAAAGCUCUGCAAGCUGAGCUGCAGGAGCGCAAACGCAAACAGGCCGAGAUUGAAUGCAAGAAUAAAGAAGAGGUGAUGGCUGUGAGGUUGAGGGAAGCUGAUAACAUGGCCGCCAUGGCGGAGCUACAGCAGCAGAUCUCAGAACUGGAGAUUCAGAAAGAAGAAGGGAAAGUCCAAGGCCAGCUAAACAACACGGACUCUAGCCAGUACAUCCGUGAUCUGAAGGACCAGAUAGCAGAGCUGAAGCAUGAGAUUCGCUGUUUGAAAGGCCAGAGGGGCUUGCCAGACCCACCCAAUUUUGACGGAAUCCAUAUCGUCAAUCACUACGUUCCUGAUGACGAACCUUACCAGUCCUCAGACGAAGACGCAGUGAAGAUCCCUCACCUCCUGGAGAGUCAUCCACGAGGCAACCGCAUCACUCUCCACCCCAACCUGGAAGACUCAGACAGCGAUGGUGACAGUGACAGCAUGGGCCUGCAACUCUCUGUGCCUCCAAACCCCAGCCAUAAGACCACCACUGUCUGACCACCACCAUCCCUGCUGCUACGGCAGACUAAACUGACUGAGUUCAGGAGUGGAACCACACCCGUGAGAUCAUCGCCGGAACCUUCAAUGUGUAGAAUGUUCAUUCAUCAGCAUUUGCUCGAAGAACGGAUGAAAGUUUCCGUGAGAGAACUCGGAACGCUCCGUGUCGUCUCCUCAUACCACAGAGAAGCUCAUUGGAGUCAUAUCACACUUACAGACAAGGUUUUGGGAAACAUCUGCCUUAUUAGUUUAGUUUUGCCAAAAUUAGUCAGAUGUUAAAUUCAGAACUUACUUUCUUGGGUUCCUGAGAGAGGUUAAGAGUGGUCUAUGUGCCUAUACAGACCAUUUUAGGCUCUGUUUGACUGUGUUUAACACUAAAGACCACCAUAUCAUGGCAAAAGACUACAAUUUGGAGUAAAAACUCACCUAUCUGCCCAGUUGCUAUUCACCCAUAGAGGGUGAGGCUUUGUAUAGUAUUGUGUUUUAUGCUUAACAACAGAACUUCAUCCAAUCAGUUUUUUAUUUUUUAAUCAUCUUUUUUUUUUUUUUUUAAUGUACUGUGGAAACUCAUGAACCUUUGCGAUAGCUCACUGCUGAGAAGGUGAGGUGUAUUAACAAUUGAGACACACUAUUCUCCUUUCUAAAUGGACCUUACAGAAAGAGCCUUUGAUCAACAUUUUUCAGUGUCAUACAAACACACAUCAACUUCAUCAGAGUCCCUUUCACCGCACCAUGCAGUAUGCUGAUGGGUUUACGUCACAGUAAAGACGGUCCCAAAGGACCUUAUAUCUGUGUAUAUAUGUACAUGUUCUCAGACAUUUUUUUUUUUUGCAUCUCCAUUAUGACUUGAAAAAAUAUGUAUGUAAUGAAUUGCAGAUGUGCAUAAUGUAUUGUACAAUUGAAAUGAAAAAGGGAUCUAUCACUUUAAGUUGGGAUACUUUCUGAUCGCCCACAGGAUAUCUUUGUAGUCACAGUUUUCACAGAGAUUUGUUCUAUGUACUGUAGAUGCUCUCCAGUGUCUAGAGAUUGCAAAUAAUUCUGCUCUUGAGACUUAAGUAACACAGUCUCGCUUUAUCUCAGCGUUAUUUUUCCACAUAUCCAUUAAGAAGUGCAUGUUACAAAUGUAAGUGAAACAUCACAGAUUGUGAGGUUUACCUUUUCUAUUUUCAUUUUUGGUUGUUUUUUUGUUUUUGUUUUUGUUUUUUUUUUGGAAGCCACAAAUGAACAGAUCCCUUUUGUGCUUCAUUUGCACAGAAUAUGUAACAGUCAAGGGAGUUUUCUAUAGCUGGAUGGGAGAAAAGCUCAUAUACUGUCUAGGGAAUUUUUUUUUUUUUUUGCAGAGAAUGGCGCUCAGGUCUAGAGGUCAUCACCUCGGGAGCACUUGUGUUAAGAAAGACAGUCCACACCUCCCUCUAUGACAGUACACUCCUGUAAUACUCGUGACUUUUUUUUAAAGACCAGCAUCCUCGGCUGAAACCUCAGCCUCAGAGCAAAGUGCUUACUCUGCCUAAAUCGCACCAUGCUUGGCACAUCGGUGGUGCAGUACACGAUUUAAACAAGGCAAACAUGCUUUGACAUGGGGCUGCACUAGUGCAUAGCCAGAUCUCUGGAUGCAAGGGCUGGCAGCUCAGAAAUUCUGCUUUGUAGAUAGUGAAUGUUUUAAUGAAUUUUUUAAGUAUAGACAUGGAGCAGCAGAGACCAACAAAUUUGGGGUUUAAGCUUGCAUUUGUAAAAAUCAUGGACAUGUAUGUGGAGAAUUUCUUUGAGAAGCAAUCUCAUUGGAGCUUUAAACAGUUAAAGGUAAUAGACAGUACACCAGUACCUGGGUCUCCCAACCAUGUUUGGCUAUUGAUUUGAGGAAGAGGUUGUUACAAUGUAUUCUCAUAGUGUCAAGCAUUAGUCAGCUCUUCCUUUAUGUGUGAAAAAUAUCAAUUUGUGUCAUAGUUUUACAAAGCAUGAAGACACUAAGAACUAUUGUUGUACAUUCUCCAACCAUCUGUGAAUAAAACCAAUCUCCCGUGGACAGGAGAAAGGCCUGCACUGCAAGCCUCAAGCCCGACUCUGUUUUAAAAUGUUAAAAAGGAGAAUUGUCAUAUUGUGACUUGUUAGAAGAUUUUUGUGUUUGUUGUUGCUGACUAGUCAUUGUCAGUGCAAAUUUAAAACAAAAAGGACAAUACUAUGCCCUACCAGUUAACACUAAAAAUGGAUUGUCAUUAUUAAACCAUGUACAAGAAACGAACAUGUGGGGUUAAUUCGAAAUAAAAAAAACUAUUUGAUAAACUGUU